GCACAGUAGGAGGACCCCAGAAGAUGCUGCAUCUCCUGAUCAUCUGUCUGCUGCCCGCCAUCGAAGGGAAGAACUGCCUCCGCUGCUGGCCAGAACUGUCUGCCUUGAUAGACUAUGACCUGCAGAUUCUCUGGGGUAGCCCGGGGCCACCCACAGAACUUUCUCAAAAUCGUGACCAUUUGGAAGAAGAAACAGCCAAAUUCUUCACUAAAGUACACCAAGCCAUUAAGCAGUUACGAGAUGACAAAACAGUACUUCUGGAAGAGAUUCGCAUGCACAAGAAUCUGUUUUCUGAGAGGCUGAAUGAGAUAUCGGAUGGGCUGAAGGAGAAGGACAUACAGUCCACAGUGAAGGUCACCAGCUGUGCCGACUGCAAGACUCGCUUGUUCUCCUGUGAUGAUCCCGCCUUCUGCCCAGCCAGGAAGCAGCGGACCUCCAGGUGGGCUGUGAGUCUCAGCAGCGCUCUGCUCCUGGUCAUAGCCGGAGAUGUUCCUUUUACUGGCACAGGAAGAAAAAGGGAGUAAAGGAACAGGGCAGUCCGCCGUCUUCCAGAAGUGAACAGAAGCCGCAGCUGCUGUCAAGAAGCUCACUCAUCUCUGGUUCCACUGACCCCUUCCCCUAAUACCCUCCGUCCAGGGUCCUGGGCCCCGAAGUUCUGAGGCCUAGGAGACUUUGCCGCCUCGUGGUUUGCCUACACCCACACCUUUGUGAGGAGUCCCUUCAUUAAAACCCCUCCUCAUAGCCUA